ACGUAUCUUGGAUCUUUAAGGUGUCUUGUUUGAAAGACUUUAUAGGCCCAUUCUGUUAUGAUGAAUAACGCAGCUGUCGUAUUGAAGAAAAAAGCCGUAAAAGAAGAAUAAUUUAUUUAGAGUGUCGAACAUACUCAGACGAGACUGAACAUUAUGUUGGUAAUUCUGAAAAAAUACGGACAAUCGCGGAGUCUAAUAUUUCUGGCAGCUCUUUUGUCAGUGCUACUUAUAACAUACACAUCACGGAACGUAUCAAGUUUGUUUUAUCAAAGUUACAAUAUCGCCAACCGAUUCAGUUUAAAUAAUAAUAUUGUGGAGGAUGUCUUACUGUCGAGCUCCAAGCCUCCGCCAGGACGCACUAUAUUCUUUAUCGAGACAAGUUGUCAUCGUUCAGAUUCCCAGUACAAUUUGAGUAAUAUAAAGGCGCAUCAGGCCUGUCCUAUUGAAUCUGCCGCCUUGCAUAAUCCAAAUAUGCAAGUUUUUCUUCUGAUUGCCUGCCCCACCCAUCGUACCAAAUCAAUGCCCAUCGUCGAUGCCCUUCUAAGCUACAAGAAUGUCCAGUUUCGGGAAUUAAAUCUAGAGCGGUAUGCACAGGACACGCCUGUCGCAGACUGGAUCACGAACGGCAAGCUAUUUAGCUCAAGAUUUCUGAUGUAUCACCUAUCCGACCUACUACGUUUAAUAACCCUUUAUCGCUUUGGCGGCGUCUACCUGGACAUGGACGUACUGAGUUUGCGAACCUUGGAGGAUGUGCCACUAAAUUAUGCGGGUCGCGAGUCAAUAAAUAGCAUUGGCAAUAGUGUUAUAAGUUUGGAGCCCAAUGGCUUUGGCCAUCAGCUUGGCGAGUUAUUUCUGCAGAACUUCCAGGAGAACUAUAACAGCGGCGCGUGGGCCCAUAAUGGGCCAAUGGUCAUAGUGCGUGUCCUGAGGGAGUUGUGUGGAACUCAAAAUAUUACCCUCAUGGUGAAUAAUCGCGAACGCUGUCACGGCUUUCAGGUGUUCAAUGUAAGCGAUAUUUACGAGAUUCCAUGGACGCAGUGGACUCUGUUUUUCGAGCCGAAGCACGCGAAUCUAACGCUGGAACGCACCAAGGACUCGCGUAUGGUGCAUGUUUGGAAUCACUUAGUAACAAAAUGGCCCCUUAAGAUUGAUUCAAAGGCAGCUUAUAUGCAUUGGGCGGCGCAGCAUUGUCCCAGAGUCUUUGCGGCUACAGGAGAGCUAUUUUAUUAAUUCAGAAAAUAUUGCUCACGUUUUGAGAAUAUUUAUUAUGUAUACAUUAUUAGCUGAUUCGAGGUCCGGGCUUAAUUAAUUAAAAUAAAAAGGUGAAAAUAAAUUUGUUGUAAUAUAU